AUGCCUACUUUUCCAACUUCUCUACUUAAUUCUACAAAUACCCUUACUUCUCAUGAACGUAAUCUUGUAUUUAAUCCACCUUAUACGCUCAACAUUCCCCUUGACUCUCUUAUUAAUCCAAGACGUAGGCGAAACAAAAACCAAUAUUCAAGGCCUCCCCGCCCGUCUAAUCCUUGGAUUUUUUUCCGUACAAAUUUCGCGAGCAGAUUGCGAUCUCAAAACUCUGGAAAUUCAUACAGUAUUCAAGACGUCUCUAGGAUAGCUGGUGAAGAUUGGAAAAGUCAGCCAAUUGUAGUCAAACAGUACUUCGACGCCUUGUCCAAAUUGGCUCUAGAACGGCAUAAAGAAACCUAUUCUGGCUACAUUUACAGGCCAAAAAGAGCGAAGCAAAACAAAAGAAAAAAUUGGUUGUUUAGAGAAGUAGAUAAAGCCAAAUUUAUAGAACGUUCGAUUGAUGAAAACAAUGUCACCAAGAAAAAGCAAGAAAGAAGGGCCAAUGUUCAAUUGGAUAACUCUGUUCAAAUGAACGAAGAUGAACAACAAAGUAACUGUCUUGAACAAAACAAAAAUGAACAGCUUCAACCGUAUGCUCUUUUGAGUGAUUUUGUUCAACAAAACAAAUACGAAAAGUUUCAAGCAUCAGAGGAAUAUGCUCUAUUGGAUGGCUUUGUUCAACUGACUGAAUGUAGGCCCAUCGACGAAUCAGGUCAACUGAACGAAUACAAACAACUUCCAGACGAAUACACUCUCUUGGAUCACCAGAUUGAAUACGAUCAACUGAAUGGAUAUAAACACGUUGAAGUAUCGACCCUAUUGGGUGAAUCUCUUCAAUUAAAUGAAUACGACCAAUUUGUUGGAUACGGUCAAAGAAACGAAUAUGCUCCAUUAAAUGAGUAUUAUGAACUAGUUUCAUAUAUUGACGGGCAGAUCAGUGAAAGUUUGCUCAUUAAUGAAUUGAUAUACUAUGACGUUCACUCCAAUACAUUUCUAUAA